UCAGUGAUGCCAUUAUUCGUCUGUGUUGGCAGUGUGAGACUAUCACAGUGUAGCAGCCGCUGUGUGGUUUUACCAACGAAGUGCUCCCAACUCCAAAUGCAAUUUAUACCUGCACUUGUAAACAGUAUUUCGCAACAUCACCGCUAGAUGGCGACUGUGUGCUGGCUUGCAGGAUACACCAUGCACUUCGAUUUCAGACAAAACAGUCAAUAAUAAUAUUGUUUUGCUGGUCAACUAACCAGGAAAUAGGUGCACAAACGGCCCCAUUAGGAUGAACCUUCAUCCAGAUCAUUGACAAACACGAUGAAAGAUGUCUCAACUUUAAGUUUACCACACAAGUUCAUCUUUUCCUUGUUUUAACAGUAUCUCUUAAAACCGGCUGUUUGCCUGGUUAUGGGCAACUGUGGGGGUAAUUUGUUAAUCAAUUUUAAGGAGAACACUGUUUUCUGCACUGACUAGCCAAACUUAAAAUCGUUUUAAUCCGACUAAUAUUGCGAUAUAACGUUUUAGUCUUGACGCAUGUUCAACACUGAAUUAAGGUGAUAUUUUCUGUACGCUCGGAGGCCAUAACCAUGUGAAAAGUAACCAACAGCCCGAGCUAAUGGAUGAUGAUUAAGUUUGACUUUACACUAAAUACCUCAGUUUUAUUCUCGCCAUAAAUAAAGUGUAUGUAAGAGCGCCCAUGAUUAGCAUUCGUCUUAUACAAAAUGGCGGAGCAUAGGAAGAGGCCACCAACACGUUUAAACUAUACCGUGCUCUUCAACCUGCUGCUGUGUCUGCUCAUAUUUUACUCUCUUUUCUACAUGAUUGGCAGCGUGUGUUUCGGUGCCUUCAGGUUGGAUCACUUUGAUGGACUGAUUCCAUUUGACUUUAAGACCGAGCCUACUGAAUCCAACUCCAAAUAUUUGGUGAACCUCUUAUCCUUGGAGCUCACCUACUUUUGUAGCGGCCUUUUGUUUGCUGCAGUGGUUAAGAGGCGAGUGUGGGACUACGCCCUCACUGUGACUCUACUGCAUGUACUUAUCACCAGUUUGGUGAUGUUGGAGUUUCCCAUGGUGUGGCAGUGGUGGCUGGCCUUAGGUAGCGGCUUGUUUCUGAUGAUCUGCAAUGGUCAGCUGACAGCUUACUUCACCUGCCAGAGCGACCAGAGCUACGCUUCUUUCAGCAUCUACUAACAGACAGAAAGCUGCUCUGUGUGUGUAUAAACUGUUUUAUUCUCAGUCCUGUGAAAUGGGGUAGAAAGGAUCAGACCAGAUGCUCUCUUCCUGGAGACACCCAUUAGAUUCUCCAUGGUGAUGGGCUUUUUCUGUUUGUCACUAAAAAAAGACAUUUCCUCACCAUAAAGUCAGAGCUGGGACCAAUUUGUGUAUCAGGAGUUGCCAACAGACUGGCAUGCUAUUGUUUUUUAUGUAAAUGCCACAAGGAGAUGUUCUCUGUAUUUUGUUUGUGACGCACAGUGCCUCUUGUCACCGUGCAGACUUUAAAGGCAGUAUUUU